CGGUGCGCUUUCCCCACACGGAAGCAUUCCCAGCUGUCAAACCGAUUUGCAAAGAACAGUUUCAGCUCACGGUUAUUGAGAAAAUAUACUUAAACUGCUGCAAAUGGACUCUCCACGGUGGUUGCCUUUGGAGUCAAAUCCAGAAGUAAUGUCAAAGUUUCUCAGUUCUCUGGGAAUGAAGCCAACCUGGCAAUUUGGAGAUGUUUAUGGAUUGGAUCCAGAGCUUCUCAGCAUGGUGCCAAGACCAGUGUGUGCAGUGUUGCUCCUCUUCCCAGUGACAGAGAAGUAUGAGGCUUUCAAGCAAGAAGAGGAAGAAAGGCUGAGAGAUCAACAACAGGCCUCUUCUGAUGUCUACUUUAUUAAGCAAACCAUUGGGAACGCAUGUGGAACAAUAGGAUUAAUACAUGCAGUGGCAAACAACCUGCAACACUUGGAAUUUGAGCCUGAUUCUUCUCUCAAGAAGUUUCUUCAACAAACCACUAAAAUGACCCCAGAGGAGAGGGCCGCCUUCCUGGAAAAAGAUGAGAGUAUACGUGUCACACAUGAAUCCAGUGCUCAGGAAGGACAGACUGAGGCUCCAAGCAUAGAUGAGAAAGUGAAUCUGCAUUUUAUAGCUUUUGUGAAUGUUGGAGGACAGUUGUUUGAACUGGAUGGCCGGAAGCCUUUUCCUAUUGGUCAUGGAAAAACUUCAGAGGAUACUUUCCUGGAGGAUGCUGUAGAGGUUUGUAAAGUCUUCAUGGCUCGAGAUCCAGAAGAGGUUUGUUUCACCAUCAUUGCCCUCUCCAAAGACUGAAACUGGGAUGACACCUUACAACAAGAGCAAGCAACAAAAACAUAACUGCCAAACAUUCUCAAGUGCUGACUUUAUUGGAAAAUCUUUUCUUUUUUCAAAAUAGUUUAGCAAAUGAUUUGAGGAAUAAUAAUACGAUGUCAGGGAUAUAAUUUUAAAGCAAUGUACCACUUUUGAUAACCAUAACUUGUUGUGAAUUGGAUGAAAUCCAAGGGAAUUGGACUGCUCUUCUGCAAAUACAAGAUGUACAUGCUGAGUUUAAACUUUUCCAUUUAAUCGCUGCUGAUACAUCCCACUAACUGAAAUACCAACAUCAGGUGUUUUACCAUGACAAUGCACUAAAUCUGUUUACAUGGCAUGUUUGACAGUUAAUUAAGAUGGAAAAGUUAAUGUCUUGUGUGUGACAUGUUCAGUUUGGGAUAUAUACUGCCUGGCCAAAAAAAAUAAAAUGAAAAAACAGCAUUUUGUUGGGUCACCUUUAGCUUUGAUUAGAGGAUCUAAUGGCCAUGGUAUUUUUUUUUUUAUGCCACACAGUGCUUUUGCAUUGUCACAAUAAUUGUCACAUUUGGUUUUGUCUGGGGUUGCACUAAUUUUAUGCCAAGAUCUUGAUGAUGGGAACGUCGGAUCACUGCAAAAAGUUUUCCUCAGCACUUCCCAGAGAUUCUCAAUGGGGUUCACGUGGACAAUCCAUGUAUGAAAAUGUCAUCUGUGCUCUCUUACAGUUUGAGCCUGAUGAAUCCUGGUGUUGACAUCUAUAAACUUCAAUCUUUAUUCCCUCUAGCAAACUUCAUAGUUCUUUAAGAAAUCAGAGGCUGCUCACUGCACCAGUUGGAGUUAAAUAUCUUUUAACCACUGCAGUACUUGUCCAAUAGAAGACUCUUACAUAUUUUUUUGGCCAGGCAGUGUAUAUGUAGUAAACAUGGCACAUGUUUCGCUGGGCUUUAAUUUCAAUUAUAGCUUUGAAAACAAAUAGGACUAAUCCACUUGUAUGGGGCAAUGGUAAUAUAAAAUGCUCAUCAAGUGUCUCCUGUAAGUGAGACUAAGUGGCAAAAUGAAAGUCGGAUUGAACAUCAUUAUGGAGGGUGCCUACAUUUUUUGUAACAAAUAGGAAUUCUGUCAAAUAAAAGGCGCAUUUAUUAAAA